CAGAAAGUAAAGAUUGGCUGCCUCUCGAUCAAGUUGCUGCUGCCAACUCUCGCGAGCUUUGUCAGUAACAGUUGAUUGUAAUGUCAGUGCAGUCCAAUUUACAGGCUGGAGCAGCAGCUGCAUCCUGCAUUUCCCUGAAGUGUUUACAUGAUUUCCAGUCCUUAGAAACUUUAUCAUCUUUGCUGCAGAGUCGGAAGUCAAUAUGCAGGACAAGGACACAAUCAUAUCUAUCCGAUUUCUUUUCUGGUUUCUUUUACUCUGCAUGGUUAUCAGGAAGUCACACACCGAAGAUGUGAUAAUUACAACCAAGAAUGGAAGAAUCAGAGGGAUAAACUUGCCGGUUCUCGGAGGCACUGUAACAGCCUUUCUUGGCAUUCCCUAUGCACAGCCACCUCUAGGUAGACUUCGAUUCAAAAAGCCACAAUCUCUAACCAAAUGGUCUGACAUUUGGAAUGCCACAAAAUAUGCAAAUUCCUGCUAUCAGAACAUAGAUCAAAGUUUCCCAGGCUUCCAUGGAUCAGAAAUGUGGAACCCAAACACUGACCUCAGUGAAGAUUGUUUAUAUCUGAAUGUGUGGAUUCCAACACCUAAACCAAAAAAUGCCACUGUAAUGAUAUGGAUCUAUGGUGGUGGUUUUCAGACUGGAACCUCUUCUUUGCAAGUUUAUGAUGGCAAGUUUCUGACUCGGGUUGAAAGAGUGAUUGUGGUUUCAAUGAACUAUAGGGUGGGUGCUUUAGGAUUCCUAGCUUUGCCGGGAAAUCCCGAAGCCCCAGGGAAUAUGGGCUUAUUUGAUCAACAGUUGGCCCUUCAGUGGGUUCAAAAAAACAUAGCAGCCUUUGGUGGAAAUCCUAAAAGUGUAACUCUCUUUGGGGAAAGUGCAGGAGCAGCUUCUGUGAGCCUCCAUUUGCUUUCUCCUAGAAGUCACCCGUUGUUCACCAGAGCCAUUCUGCAGAGUGGAUCAUCUAAUGCCCCUUGGGCAGUCAUGUCUCUUCAUGAAGCUAGGAACAGAACGUUGACAUUAGCUAAGUUUGUUGGAUGCUCUACAGAGAAUGAGACUGAAAUCAUAAAAUGCCUUCGAAACAAAGAUGCCCAGGAGAUUCUUCUGAAUGAAGUAUUUGUUGUUCCCUUUGAUAGUCUCCUCUCAGUGAACUUUGGUCCAACAGUGGAUGGUGACUUUCUCACUGACAUGCCAGACACACUCCUUCAGCUUGGACAACUAAAAAAAACCCAGAUCUUGGUGGGUGUGAAUAAAGAUGAAGGGACAGCCUUUCUUGUCUAUGGUGCUCCUGGUUUCAGUAAAGAUAACAAUAGUAUCAUAACUAGAAAAGAAUUUCAAGAUGGUUUAAAAAUAUUUUUUCCGAGAGUGAGUGAAUUUGGAAAGGAGUCAAUCCUGUUCCACUAUGCAGACUGGUUAGAUGAUGAGAGGCCUGAGAAUUACCGCGAAGCACUGGAUGAUGUGGUUGGGGAUUACAACAUUAUAUGCCCUGCUUUAGAGUUUGCCAAGAAGUGCUCGGAAAUGGGAAACAAUGCCUAUUUUUACUAUUUUGAACACCGAUCCUCCAAACUUCCUUGGCCAGAAUGGAUGGGAGUGAUGCAUGGCUAUGAAAUUGAAUUUGUCUUUGGCUUACCACUUGAAAGAAGAGUUAAUUAUACAAAAGCUGAAGAAAUUUUGAGUAGAUCCAUUAUGAAACGUUGGGCAAAUUUUGCAAAGUAUGGUAAUCCAAAUGGGACCCAGAACAAUAGCACAAGAUGGCCAGUCUUCAAAAGCACUGAACAAAAAUAUCUGACCUUGAAUACAGAGUCACCAAGGAUAUACACUAAACUACGUGCUCAACAAUGCCGAUUCUGGACACUAUUUUUCCCCAAAGUCUUGGAAAUGACAGGAAAUAUUGAUGAAGCAGAACAAGAGUGGAAAGCAGGAUUCCAUCGUUGGAACAAUUACAUGAUGGACUGGAAAAAUCAAUUUAAUGACUACACUAGCAAAAAAGAAAGCUGCGCAGGAUUCUAAUUAGUAGAAUAGCCCUUUAUGAAAAGUUCAUAAAAGUAGAUCAAAGCAAAACACUCUUACACAUAUACUAAGAAAGCUUUUAUACAGCUGAAACAAAAAUUCCGGAAUUAUAUUGAUUCCUCACAUCUUUCACUUUGUAUUUUACCUAGCAUUUAAAAUCCAAAUGACUAUAAUAUGUUUAAUUAAAAUUCACAGCAUAGGCCGGCUCCACGGCUCACUAGGCUAAUCCUCCACCUGCGGCACCGGCACCCCGGGUUCUGGUCCCGGUUGGGUUGCCAGAUUCUGUCCCGGUUACUCCUCUUCCAGACCAGCUCUCUGCUGUGGCCCAGGAAGGCCAUGGAGUUUGGCCUAAGUGUUUGGGUCCUGCACCCGCAUGGGAGACCAGGAAGAAGCACCUGGCUCCUGGCUUCAGAUCGGCACAGCAUGCGGGUGGUAGCGGCCUUUUGGAGGGUGAACCAACAGAAGGAAGGAAGGAAGACCUUUCUCUCUGUCUCUCUCUUACUGCCUAACUCGUCCUGUCAAAAAAAAAAAAAAAAUCCCAACAUAAAAUUCAACAAUUAAUUGUGCACACAUGAAAUUGAAGUGCUGCUUCAAAUUCUCCUGAAUAACUUUAAGACUGAUUUCCUCUAAAGUAGCAGUGUUCGGUUUUUAGUCUCAUUUAUAUUUUCACUACUAUACAUGAAGUAUAUCCUUUUAAAAUGAAUGACACCUUGAAGAACAGGCAUUAUAGUGAAGUGGAAUAUGCUAUUGCUUGGAAUGCCCACGUUCUACAUUACAGUGUGGUUUGGAGUCCUGGUUCCUUUGCUUCCAAUCCAGCUUCUGCCAAUGCAUCCUGGGAGACAACAGAUGAUGGCUGAUGGUCUUGGGCCCCUGCCACUUAAGUGGAAAUCCUGAUUCCUGGCUUUGACUUCACCCAGCCCCUGCCGUUUUGGUGAUUUAGAGAGUGAACCAGAGAAUUGAUGAUCUCUCUCUGUCUCUUCCUCUAUGUCUCUCUGCCUUUGAAGUACAUGAAAAUAAAUAAGCAAACAUUUUUAAAUGAGCUAAACCUUGAAACACUGGAUACUCAGUCAUUUGGAAAUAUCGUAUGAUAGAAAGAAAAUGUUGCUACCAAGAGACAAGAUAAAAAGGAAUAUAUUCCUGGAAUCUAUGUUUUAAAAUAUGUAUGCCUAUGAUUCUCAAAUUCUAUUCAUUUUAAGUCUUGCUCUUUCUCAUCUCCAUCUGCCAACUCUUCACAAACAUUGUUUAUAUGUGAAUUACCCUUCCUAUGAUUCAAAAUAGAUAGUGGGGAAAAUUUUAAAGUUGGAAGUUUUUACAUCUGGCUUGGGGUGACAUUUCCUAGAACCCAAAAUAUUAGGGUUUUAAUAAAGACAAUUCUCAGCUCCUGAAGAGAAAUGAUUAUACUCUUUGCUACAAACUGUAUUAUUUUUAUAAUUUAAAAAAUUACAUUGCUCAUUUCCAAACCUGUCAAGGAUACACGUAGUAUUGAAUAAAUUCACUGAGUCGUUCCCUAAAGGGUAGCAGUAAAGGGGUUAUUACUCAAGUGCUAAACAGGCUCCUGGAUGGAAUUGUAGGCUCCUGAUUGGUCUGGCACAGCCCUGCUUAUUGGAGAUAUUUUGGGAUGAAGCAGUGGAUGGGAGAUCUCUUUAUCUGACUCUCUCUGUUCGUCUCUCUGUUUUUCUGUCUUCAGAUAACAACAAUAACAACAACAACCAAAAAUUAAUUGUUAUUUAUCAAUACAAUCCUGGUGGAGUAUUCAGUCUAUGAAAGAAUAUACCAAAGAUCACCAGAUUUAAAAUGAGAUACACAUGUGUAUAAAUGCAAAUUUAUCUACAUUUAUAUAUACACGAUUCUAUUGAUGUCCAGCAUGGGAUUAUAGUGAAUUCACUAACUGGCACUGUGGUAAGAAAAAAGUGAAAAUUUUUUAGUGCUAGAAAAUAAGGGUGCAUGAUGGCCAUAGAUGGUCUUCAAAUUAAGCAUAAAAGCUAAUAUGAUACAGUUUAUAAACAUCAUAUAUAUUAUUAUGUAUAUUUCUGUAGUUAGUUAUAAAAUAAUACUAAAAUAUAAAUUACAUAUAUAUUAUAUUGAAGGCACAUGUAAUAAACAAACAACAGCAACUGUUUUGAUGCCAUUGGCUAGUUCUGGUGUAAUUGUAAAACACAAUUUACAAAUUAAUUGAAGUGAGAAAUAUCACAUCAAUUAUAUUGUUAGAAGUUGAGUAAAUAAUAAUGUUAACCCAAAUACAAAGAAAGUAUUGCAGGUAUAAAAGCAACAAAAAUGAUAAAACCUCCAUGUAGUCACAUCACAAAUCUAAUAGUAUAUUCAGAAGUGAACACAUCCAGUACAGACAAUUUGUUGUACAAGUGUGGGGAAGGGAGAGACAAGGGGAAAUUUUCUUCAACAAUCAGCCCUUAGCUUUCAUGAAGUCAAUCUAAAUCUCUCUUGUCCCUGUUCCAAAAUCCCAUCAUUAGAGUAACCAGUUUUUGAAAUUAUAGGCAGCAGCAGUGGUCUGAUGAUUUUACAGGUGAGUUCCAACACAAAUAGUCAUGAGUGUACAACACACAGACGUACGUCUCACCAAAAGAAGACUGGUUUUCUUCCUCCAGACUUUGCUCAUUUCCUCAGCUCAAUUAAACACUUUAUGAUUACUGUAAAGAUGAACAAACUUGAAUUUCCAAGACAUUUAGCUACCAAUACCUUGACAUUGUGAGAUUAUCCCUGUAACUCAGUUAACCACUUUCACAAUGCUGUCACUGUGUUUUGUGACUGUUAAGUAGAUGAAUGGGGCUAUAUAUAGCAGAGCUCAGUUGUACUAUGUGGGAAGAAAGUCACAUCGUAAAUCUUUGGGGAAACUGGAGGAAGCAUGAAAAAAAAAAGUAGAAAUGAGGAUGAGAAGAAACAGAAAGAGGAGGAGGGGCAACAAAGGAGGAGGAGGAGAGACAUCAUCUCAGUCAUCUGGAACUGAAUUCAUCUAAAUUGACCAUCUAGUCACCUCAGGGUAUCAGCAUAGAAGAAGUGAUGAGAUAAAAAAAUAUAUAAAUAGAUAGAUCAUAGAUAGAGAUAAUUAUAUAUAUGGAUAUUUUCACAAGCUAUACAUGGGAUAUUUAAUUCAGUGAUUAUCAAUCUUCAGUCUUCACUACACAUUAGAAUCCCCAGGGACAACUGUCGCUUGCUACACCUGCAGCCAAAUACAUUAGGAUAGCUGCACCUGAACACUAGGAUGAUUUCCCCAGGGUGAGGCUUAUCCAUUGCAUUCCAGAUGUGCUGACCCCUGUGAUUUCCCCAAUUUGUGGCAGUAGGGGACUGAUUUCAUGUUCUCCCCUGAAAAAAAAAAAAAAAUCAAAUCUCUGUGAGUCUACUCUGUGUUUCUAAAUCCAUUCUGAUUUAUUUGUCUAUGACAAGUGUUAGGCAUCUUGACAAUUUAAGUGCAAGUUUUUCCCUAAAUGAGAAUUUAUACAUUCUAGAUUAGUGGAUCCCAAACUUUGUUACAUUACAGAAUUGACUAGGAAGUUAUUAAAAUUCCAAAAUGCAUGCCACAUACAACAUAGUAAUCAAAUCACCACAUGAAAGUAGAAGCUAAAUAUUAAUAUUUCUUAAUGGUAUCUACUAGGUUCCAAAAUGUAACAAAUUUUGGAAACCAAUGACCCAUUCUAGAUGGUUAAUACAAAGAGUUGAGAUAAUAUCCAUAUGGGUUUAAUAACCAUGAGCAAACAACUAUAAAAUCUGCAAUUUUACAUGAGAAAGAACUCUAUUUACUUCUGAUAUUUAGAAACUAGUUACUUUUCCAUAAAAUGGUUUGUAACACAGAUUACCAAUCAUUAAAGAUAAAUUUCUGACAAAUGUUUUUUUUUUCUAAAAUGUCUACAUGAGAAAAUUGCUAUAUCAAGAUAUCUUUUUUUAAUUUUUACAAUAAAAAUGUGCUUUAAGGAGAGGUAUGCUUGAAAAUAAGAUUUAGUGAAGUACAUUUAUAAUAUUAUGUGAUUAUUUGUAUAGCAGUAAUUAUUAGAGAUGGUCAUCGUUUUAAUUGAGCUAAUUGGGAAUCAGAUAAAUAGACUAUAAUUAGUGGUGAUAAUGUAUAUACUAAAUAUAAGGAAUUAUAAUUUUAAUUCCUAUUUUUGAGUAUAUUUAUCCUGUAAAUAUACUGGCUGUCUGUGAACUCUCAAAAGUACAAGUAAUCCUUUUGCCAGGCUUGUAAAGCAACAUUGCUAAUACCAAUUACUUAACUAUUAUUAAACUAUGGCAGUCAGUACUAGUGAUUGCUUUUCAUCUUAGAAGUACUAGCAGAAGGUUUUUGCUUGAGGCAAUUAUAGUAUUACCUUGUUUUCCUGAAAAGAGACCUUCCAUUCUCCUUUAAUUGUUUUUAUAUCAAUGGUUGAGAGAAAAGAAAUAGAAAAAAAAAAAAAACUUCUCACAGAUGUCUCUAAAGAGUAAAAUGUAAACAUGCAUUAGAGAAAGUUAAACAUUUUAAAAUUAUUGCAAUAAAUAUUUAAAGAGCUCUGUCUACCUAGCAUAUCUAUCUACUUACCUAUCUAUCCACCCACCUGUCUAUUCAGGAUAUCCAUUCCCAAUUUUAUCAAUCAAGAGAAGAAAAAACAAAAACAAAAACA